AAAAGUCUAUUUACCUACACGCAGUCAGUGAUUACCUCAUCUGUGUCGAAUUAAAACCAGCAAAAUGGUCUCAAAAAACAAUAAAAAGAAACAGUUGUCGUCGCACUCGCAGACGCAGCAUCAACAGCAAUCGUCGGCAACAUCUACAUCAGCAACAACAACAACGUCGGAGUCGGCAACCAAAUUAACCAAAAAACAGCGUCCCGAUGCCACAGAGACAAUAAAAACAACCUCCAGUUCGACCUCCAUGGAGCAGAGCUCUGUGUCAUACGGUGCGCCUACGCCAGCAGCAACUGCAAUAUCCACUGUACAGCUCUCGGAUGAUCGAGAUGCAGGUGCUAAAAGCUAUAGCAGUCAAGCGGGCAAGUCCAGCUCCAGCACAUACACAGCGCAAUCUCAGUCCCUGGAAUCACAGCAGUUCAGCAGCAGCAGCAGCACCAGCAGGAGUGCGAAGAUCUCGCGAGAUUACUCGAACGAGAAAAUCAUUUCGUCAAUUGAUCUCCUCGAAAGUGAAAAAAAGGAACCGGUAUUUUCCGUGCCGAUCGAGGUAGUGGAGUACGGCGGUGGCAUAACGAUGUCUGCCAGCGGCGACAGUGUAUCAAAAAUGUACACGUCCUCAUCAAAAUCGGCUAGCAGCAGCCAUCAGCAGGCCAGCUCCACUUACUUUGAGUCUACAACCAGUUCCAGCCGCAACGCCAACGAAACGCUCAUUGCGAGCGAGAGAGCGAGCGCUACCGGUAUGACAUCAUCUUCAUCAUCAUCGGUGAACAGCAAAUAUGUUGCAGAACAGGUUGGCAUAGAUAGCACCUCCAUCACAAAUACCAAACAGCAAACCAGCACCAACACUACUAACAUUAGCGGCGACAAUAUUGGCUACAGCGUUGGCGGUACUGAUAAAGUGUACGAAUCUCAGACAAAUGGUGCUAUACGUGCGAGCGUGCCAAAGAUUCCAGGUGCAGCUACAGCUGACCGUACCACUACAACUACGUCAUCAUCAACGUUGGCGCCGGUGACGUCGCAACGCGAACCGGUCUCGUCUACAUCGACCACAACAAAAGCUACGUCAUCAACGCAACGUCACGAUAAAAUCGCGACCACUGACAGCACCAGCACCAGCACCACAGCUGUUGAUGAAGCAACGUCAUCGACAUUACUGGUGGCCGACAUUAAUACGACAGACAGACGCAGCAGUGGUGGUUUUGUAGACACGAAACGAUUGGACACGGUAAAGGGCAGCAGCAGUAGCAACAAGCAAAUCAGCGAGAGCACAACAAACCGCAGCACCACAAAACAGUCCAAGUCGACCUCGAAAAAGGAAGUCUACGAUGUAAAAACGAAAACCUGGAGCGAAUAUAGCGAUGGAACCACUAAUUACACUAAUAAGAAGCAUCCGACAUUUGAGCGUUACGUUAGCAAGGAGUCGGAUGGCUCAUAUAAAGUAACAUACAAGAAGAAGAUAUACGACAGGCGAAAUAAUAGAUGGCGUGUGGUCGAUGAGAAAACUGUGGACAGCACGCACGACUUGGGUUAUCCUGAAAUAGUUGAUGAUGUCAUUAAUACGACAACAACAACAUACACAACUAAGGUGUAUGACACAAAGCUCGGCAAGUGGACGGUCGUGGACGAGAAAUCGUUCACUGAUACGAAAGCUUUUGUGCCCAAUGACAUUGCUCGUGAAAUUGAAAAAGAUAACACCGAUGUCGCCAACAUAACAACUACGACUGAAGUAACAAAGAUAUUUGACGCAAGCAUAAACGAUUGGCGUGUUCUGGAUGAAAAAACGCAUACAGAUGUUAUAGAGAAAAUUGUUGAGACUCCCAAGAAAACUAUAUACGUUGAUGAGUUUGUUGAAAUUGAGAAAAACACAUCAAUUUCUGAAAACAACGAAAACGUAACCCUUAACCGAAACGAAACAUCGAAACACAAAAAUAUUACCGAGAAUAUUUAUGAUGAACUCGAUUACAUAAAAACUGAUAAAACCCUAGACGAUUCAAGAAAGCGUGGAGUCGAAAAGAAUAAAAAAACAUCUCUACAGUCGAUUCAUAGCGAAAAGUGUAUCUGUGAAAUAUGCACCUGCGGGCGCCAUCAUUGCUCAACCAGCACAACAAAGUCUUCUGAAAAAACACUUGUUGAUAUAAACGAGCAAACCGAUGAAAACUACACGAGAGUUCGUACUAACACCUGGUCGAAAACAGAUUUGGAGAAGGAAAGAACAAAGUUAAAGCCAAACGAAGAAAUACUUUUGGACUAUAUUGUUAUAAAAAGGCCUGAAGAUAACUUAAAGCAGGAAGGUGAAUUCAUAGUUCCAGAGAAGGAGCCAUAUAAGCCCGGGGAAAAGCGAACUAAGAUUGUACAUACAGAUAAUUUGCGAACAGAGGGCGAAAUGACUUUCGUUGAGAAAGAAGAAUACAGAUAUGUAGUUCGCCCAGAACAAAAGAGACCAUUAGACAACCUCAAACCAGAGGGAGAGUUUUAUACUCCGGAUAAAUCAGAAUAUAAACCAGCAGAGCGACCAACUCAAAAGAAACCAACUGACAACCUAAAGCCAGAAGGCGAGUUUGAAAUACCAGAAAAGCAAAUUUACCGACCGGGUGAAAGGCCCAUUCAGAUAAUUCGUACUGACAAUCUCCGUACAGAAGGCGAAAUGACAUUCAUAAAGCGAGAAGAGUACCAAUCUGUUACAAGGCCAGAGCAAGUAAGACCCACAGAUAACUUAAGGCCGGAGGGCGAAUUCUACACUCCAACAAAACCAGGGUACAGGCCUGCUGAACGACCUGUUCAAAUAAAACCCGACGACAAUUUACGACCAGAAGGUGAUUUCUAUAGCCCAGAAAAAACAACAUUUACACCAGGUGAACGACCAUCACAAAUCAGACCAGAAGAUAACCUCCGCCCCGAAGGAGAUUUUUAUUCACCUGAGAAACCGAAAUUCCGGCCAGGAGAACGUCCAUCUCAAGUGAGACCUGAAGACAAUCUCAGGCCAGAAGGAGAAUUCUACACACCUGAUAAACCAGGAUACAGGCCAGCCGAACGUCCAGUUCAGAAGAAGCCAGAAGACAACCUGCGGCCAGAGGGUGAUUUCUAUAGUCCCGAAAAACCGAAGUACAUGCCAGGCGACCGUCCUUCACAAGUCAGACCAGAAGAUAAUCUACGGCCAGAGGGAGAAUUCCACACCCCUGAUAAACCAGGAUACAGGCCAGCCGAACGACCAGUUCAGAAGAAGCCAGAAGACAACUUGCGACCAGAGGGUGAUUUCUAUAGUCCCGAAAAGCCGAAGUUCAUGCCAGGCGAGCGUCCAUCUCAAGUGAGACCUGAAGACAAUCUCAGGCCAGAGGGUGAAUUCUAUACUCCAGAAAAACCAGGUUAUAGACCAGCCGAACGACCAGUUCAGAAGAAGCCAGAAGACAACCUGCGACCAGAGGGUGAUUUCUAUAGUCCCGAAAAACCGAAGUUCAUGCCAGGCGAGCGUCCUUCACAAGUCAGACCAGAAGAUAAUCUUCGUCCAGAGGGAGAAUUUUAUACACCUGAUAAGCCCGGAUUCAAGCCGGCUGAACGACCAGUUCAAAAGAAACCCCUUGACAAUCUUAAGCCCGAAGGCGAAUUCGCAAAACCAGAGAAACAAGUUUUUAGGCCAACAGAGAAAACGGAGAAAAUCAUACGUAAGGACAACUUGCGGACUGAGGGAGAAAUGACGUUUGUGGAGAGAGAAGAGUACCAGUAUGUGACUCGGCCUGAACAAGUAAAACCAACCGAUAACCUAAAGCCCGAAGGCGAGUUCUACAGCCCUGAGAAACCGAAAUUCCGGCCAGGAGAACGUCCAUCUCAAGUGAGACCUGAAGACAAUCUCAGGCCAGAGGGUGAAUUCUAUACUCCAGAAAAACCAGGUUAUAGGCCAGCUGAACGACCAGUUCAGAAGAAGCCAGAAGACAACUUGCGACCAGAGGGUGAUUUCUAUAGUCCCGAAAAGCCGAAGUUCAUGCCAGGCGAGCGUCCUUCACAAGUCAGACCAGAAGAUAAUCUACGGCCAGAGGGUGAAUUCUACACCCCUGAUAAACCAGGAUACAGGCCUGCCGAACGACCAGUUCAGAAGAAGCCAGAAGACAACCUGCGACCAGAGGGUGAUUUCUAUAGUCCCGAAAAGCCGAAGUUCAUGCCAGGCGAGCGUCCUUCACAAGUCAGACCAGAAGAUAAUCUACGGCCAGAGGGAGAAUUUUAUACACCUGAUAAGCCCGGAUUCAAGCCGGCUGAGCGACCAGUUCAAAAGAAACCUGUUGAUAAUCUUAAGCCCGAAGGCGAAUUCGCAAAACCAGAGAAACAAGUUUUUAGGCCUGCAGAGAAAACGGAGAAAAUCAUACGUAAGGACAACUUGCGGACUGAGGGAGAAAUGACGUUUGUGGAGAGAGAAGAGUACCAGUAUGUGACUCGGCCUGAACAAGUAAAACCAACCGAUAACCUAAAGCCCGAAGGCGAGUUCUACAGCCCUGAGAAACCGAAAUUCCGGCCAGGAGAACGUCCAUCUCAAGUGAGACCUGAAGACAAUCUCAGGCCAGAGGGUGAAUUCUAUACUCCAGAAAAACCAGGUUAUAGGCCAGCUGAACGACCAGUUCAGAAGAAGCCAGAAGACAACCUGCGACCAGAAGGUGAUUUCUAUAGUCCCGAAAAGCCGAAGUUCAUGCCAGGCGAGCGUCCUUCACAAGUCAGACCAGAAGAUAAUCUACGGCCAGAGGGAGAAUUUUAUACACCUGAUAAGCCCGGAUUCAAGCCGGCUGAGCGACCAGUUCAAAAGAAACCCGUUGACAAUCUUAAGCCCGAAGGCGAAUUCGCAAAACCAGAGAAACAAGUUUUUAGGCCAGCAGAGAAAACGGAGAAAAUCAUACGUAAGGACAACUUGCGGACUGAGGGAGAAAUGACGUUUGUGGAGAGAGAAGAGUACCAGUAUGUGACUCGGCCUGAACAAGUAAAACCAACCGAUAACCUAAAGCCCGAAGGCGAGUUCUACAGCCCUGAGAAACCGAAAUUCCGGCCAGGAGAACGUCCAUCUCAAGUGAGACCUGAAGACAAUCUCAGGCCAGAGGGUGAAUUCUAUACUCCAGAAAAACCAGGUUAUAGGCCAGCUGAACGACCAGUUCAGAAGAAGCCAGAAGACAACCUGCGACCAGAAGGUGAUUUCUAUAGUCCCGAAAAGCCGAAGUUCAUGCCAGGCGAGCGUCCUUCACAAGUCAGACCAGAAGAUAAUCUACGGCCAGAGGGAGAAUUUUAUACACCUGAUAAGCCCGGAUUCAAGCCGGCUGAGCGACCAGUUCAAAAGAAACCCGUUGACAAUCUUAAGCCCGAAGGCGAAUUCGCAAAACCAGAGAAACAAGUUUUUAGGCCAGCAGAGAAAACGGAGAAAAUCAUACGUAAGGACAACUUGCGGACUGAGGGAGAAAUGACGUUUGUGGAGAGAGAAGAGUACCAGUAUGUGACUCGGCCUGAACAAGUAAAACCAACCGAUAACCUAAAGCCCGAAGGCGAGUUCUACAGCCCUGAGAAACCGAAAUUCCGGCCAGGAGAACGUCCAUCUCAAGUGAGACCUGAAGACAAUCUCAGGCCAGAGGGUGAAUUCUAUACUCCAGAAAAACCAGGUUAUAGGCCAGCUGAACGACCAGUUCAGAAGAAGCCAGAAGACAACUUGCGACCAGAGGGUGAUUUCUAUAGUCCCGAAAAGCCGAAGUUCAUGCCAGGCGAGCGUCCUUCACAAGUCAGACCAGAAGAUAAUCUACGGCCAGAGGGUGAAUUCUACACCCCUGAUAAACCAGGAUACAGGCCUGCCGAACGACCAGUUCAGAAGAAGCCAGAAGACAACCUGCGACCAGAAGGUGAUUUCUAUAGUCCCGAAAAGCCGAAGUUCAUGCCAGGCGAGCGUCCUUCACAAGUCAGACCAGAAGAUAAUCUUCGGCCAGAGGGAGAAUUUUAUACACCUGAUAAGCCCGGAUUCAAGCCGGCUGAGCGACCAGUUCAAAAGAAACCCGUUGACAAUCUUAAGCCCGAAGGCGAAUUCGCAAAACCAGAGAAACAAGUUUUUAGGCCAGCAGAGAAAACGGAGAAAAUCAUACGUAAGGACAACUUGCGGACUGAGGGCGAAAUGACGUUUGUGGAGAGAGAAGAGUACCAGUAUGUGACUCGGCCUGAACAAGUAAAACCAACAGAUAACCUAAAGCCCGAAGGCGAGUUCUACAGCCCUGAGAAACCGAAAUUCCGGCCAGGAGAACGUCCAUCUCAAGUGAGACCUGAAGACAAUCUCAGGCCAGAGGGUGAAUUCUAUACUCCAGAAAAACCAGGUUAUAGGCCAGCUGAACGACCAGUUCAGAAGAAGCCAGAAGACAACUUGCGACCAGAAGGUGAUUUCUAUAGUCCCGAAAAGCCGAAGUUCAUGCCAGGCGAGCGUCCAUCUCAAGUGAGACCUGAAGACAAUCUCAGGCCAGAGGGUGAAUUCUAUACUCCAGAAAAACCAGGUUAUAGACCAGCCGAACGACCAGUUCAGAAGAAGCCAGAAGACAACCUGCGACCAGAGGGUGAUUUCUAUAGUCCCGAAAAGCCGAAGUUCAUGCCAGGCGAGCGUCCUUCACAAGUCAGACCAGAAGAUAAUCUACGGCCAGAGGGUGAAUUCUACACCCCUGAUAAACCAGGAUACAGGCCUGCCGAACGACCAGUUCAGAAGAAGCCAGAAGACAACCUGCGACCAGAGGGUGAUUUCUAUAGUCCCGAAAAGCCGAAGUUCAUGCCAGGCGAGCGUCCUUCACAAGUCAGACCAGAAGAUAAUCUACGGCCAGAGGGAGAAUUUUAUACACCUGAUAAGCCCGGAUUCAAGCCGGCUGAGCGACCAGUUCAAAAGAAACCUGUUGAUAAUCUUAAGCCCGAAGGCGAAUUCGCAAAACCAGAGAAACAAGUUUUUAGGCCUGCAGAGAAAACGGAGAAAAUCAUACGUAAGGACAACUUGCGGACUGAGGGAGAAAUGACGUUUGUGGAGAGAGAAGAGUACCAGUAUGUGACUCGGCCUGAACAAGUAAAACCAACCGAUAACCUAAAGCCCGAAGGCGAGUUCUACAGCCCUGAGAAACCGAAAUUCCGGCCAGGAGAACGUCCAUCUCAAGUGAGACCUGAAGACAAUCUCAGGCCAGAGGGUGAAUUCUAUACUCCAGAAAAACCAGGUUAUAGGCCAGCUGAACGACCAGUUCAGAAGAAGCCAGAAGACAACCUGCGACCAGAAGGUGAUUUCUAUAGUCCCGAAAAGCCGAAGUUCAUGCCAGGCGAGCGUCCAUCUCAAGUGAGACCUGAAGACAAUCUCAGGCCAGAGGGUGAAUUCUAUACUCCAGAAAAACCAGGUUAUAGACCAGCCGAACGACCAGUUCAGAAGAAGCCAGAAGACAACCUGCGACCAGAGGGUGAUUUCUAUAGUCACGAAAAACCGAAGUUCAUGCCAGGCGAGCGUCCUUCACAAGUCAGACCAGAAGAUAAUCUUCGUCCAGAGGGAGAAUUUUAUACACCUGAUAAGCCCGGAUUCAAGCCGGCUGAACGACCAGUUCAAAAGAAACCCGUUGACAAUCUUAAGCCCGAAGGCGAAUUCGCAAAACCAGAGAAACAAGUUUUUAGGCCAGCAGAGAAAACGGAGAAAAUCAUACGUAAGGACAACUUGCGGACUGAGGGAGAAAUGACGUUUGUGGAGAGAGAAGAGUACCAGUAUGUGACUCGGCCUGAACAAGUAAAACCAACCGAUAACCUAAAGCCCGAAGGCGAGUUCUACAGCCCUGAGAAACCGAAAUUCCGGCCAGGAGAACGUCCAUCUCAAGUGAGACCUGAAGACAAUCUCAGGCCAGAGGGUGAAUUCUAUACUCCAGAAAAACCAGGUUAUAGGCCAGCUGAACGACCAGUUCAGAAAAAGCCAGAAGACAACUUGCGACCGGAGGGUGAUUUCUAUAGUCCCGAAAAGCCGAAGUUCAUGCCAGGCGAGCGUCCUUCACAAGUCAGACCAGAAGAUAAUCUUCGGCCAGAGGGAGAAUUUUAUACACCUGAUAAGCCCGGAUUCAAGCCGGCUGAGCGACCAGUUCAAAAGAAACCUGUUGACAAUCUUAAGCCCGAAGGUGACUUCGUGAAACCAGAGAAACAAGUUUUUAGGCCAGCAGAGAAAACGGAGAAAAUCAUACGUAAGGACAACUUGCGGACUGAGGGCGAAAUGACGUUUGUGGAGAGAGAAGAGUACCAGUAUGUGACUCGGCCUGAACAAGUAAAACCAACCGAUAACCUAAAGCCCGAAGGCGAGUUCUACAGCCCUGAGAAACCGAAAUUCCGGCCAGGAGAACGUCCAUCUCAAGUGAGACCUGAAGACAAUCUCAGGCCAGAGGGUGAAUUCUAUACUCCAGAAAAACCAGGUUAUAGGCCAGCUGAACGACCAGUUCAGAAGAAGCCAGAAGACAACCUGCGACCAGAAGGUGAUUUCUAUAGUCCCGAAAAGCCGAAGUUCAUGCCAGGCGAGCGUCCAUCUCAAGUGAGACCUGAAGACAAUCUCAGGCCAGAGGGUGAAUUCUAUACUCCAGAAAAACCAGGUUAUAGGCCAGCUGAACGACCAGUUCAGAAGAAGCCAGAAGACAACCUGCGACCAGAGGGUGAUUUCUAUAGUCCCGAAAAACCGAAGUUCAUGCCAGGCGAGCGUCCUUCACAAGUCAGACCAGAAGAUAAUCUUCGGCCAGAGGGAGAAUUUUAUACACCUGAUAAGCCCGGAUUCAAGCCGGCUGAACGACCAGUUCAAAAGAAACCCGUUGACAAUCUUAAGCCCGAAGGCGAAUUCGCAAAACCAGAGAAACAAGUUUUUAGGCCAGCAGAGAAAACGGAGAAAAUCAUACGUAAGGACAACUUGCGGACUGAGGGAGAAAUGACGUUUGUGGAGAGAGAAGAGUACCAGUAUGUGACUCGGCCUGAACAAGUAAAACCAACCGAUAACCUAAAGCCCGAAGGCGAGUUCUACAGCCCUGAGAAACCGAAAUUCCGGCCAGGAGAACGUCCAUCUCAAGUGAGACCUGAAGACAAUCUCAGGCCAGAAGGAGAAUUCUACACACCUGAUAAACCAGGAUACAGGCCAGCCGAACGUCCAGUUCAGAAGAAGCCAGAAGACAACCUGCGGCCAGAGGGUGAUUUCUAUAGUCCCGAAAAACCGAAGUACAUGCCAGGCGACCGUCCUUCACAAGUCAGACCAGAAGAUAAUCUACGGCCAGAGGGAGAAUUCCACACCCCUGAUAAACCAGGAUACAGGCCAGCCGAACGACCAGUUCAGAAGAAGCCAGAAGACAACCUGCGACCAGAAGGUGAUUUCUAUAGUCCCGAAAAGCCGAAGUUCAUGCCAGGCGAGCGUCCAUCUCAAGUGAGACCUGAAGACAAUCUCAGGCCAGAGGGUGAAUUCUAUACUCCAGAAAAACCAGGUUAUAGGCCAGCUGAACGACCAGUUCAGAAGAAGCCAGAAGACAACCUGCGACCAGAGUGUGAUUUCUAUAGUCCCGAAAAACCGAAGUUCAUGCCAGGCGAGCGUCCUUCACAAGUCAGACCAGAAGAUAAUCUUCGGCCAGAGGGAGAAUUUUAUACACCUGAUAAGCCCGGAUUCAAGCCGGCUGAACGACCAGUUCAAAAGAAACCCGUUGACAAUCUUAAGCCCGAAGGCGAAUUCGCAAAACCAGAGAAACAAGUUUUUAGGCCAGCAGAGAAAACGGAGAAAAUCAUACGUAAGGACAACUUGCGGACUGAGGGAGAAAUGACGUUUGUGGAGAGAGAAGAGUACCAGUAUGUGACUCGGCCUGAACAAGUAAAACCAACCGAUAACCUAAAGCCCGAAGGCGAGUUCUACAGCCCUGAGAAACCGAAAUUCCGGCCAGGAGAACGUCCAUCUCAAGUGAGACCUGAAGACAAUCUCAGGCCAGAGGGUGAAUUCUAUACUCCAGAAAAACCAGGUUAUAGGCCAGCUGAACGACCAGUUCAGAAGAAGCCAGAAGACAACUUGCGACCGGAGGGUGAUUUCUAUAGUCCCGAAAAGCCGAAGUUCAUGCCAGGCGAGCGUCCUUCACAAGUCAGACCAGAAGAUAAUCUUCGGCCAGAGGGAGAAUUUUAUACACCUGAUAAGCCCGGAUUCAAGCCGGCUGAACGACCAGUUCAAAAGAAACCCGUUGACAAUCUUAAGCCCGAAGGUGACUUCGUGAAACCAGAGAAACAAGUUUUUAGGCCAGCAGAGAAAACGGAGAAAAUCAUACGUAAGGACAACUUGCGGACUGAGGGCGAAAUGACGUUUGUGGAGAGAGAAGAGUACCAGUAUGUGACUCGGCCUGAACAAGUAAAACCAACCGAUAACCUAAAGCCCGAAGGCGAGUUCUACAGCCCUGAGAAACCGAAAUUCCGGCCAGGAGAACGUCCAUCUCAAGUGAGACCUGAAGACAAUCUCAGGCCAGAGGGUGAAUUCUAUACUCCAGAAAAACCAGGUUAUAGGCCAGCUGAACGACCAGUUCAGAAGAAGCCAGAAGACAACUUGCGAUCGGAGGGUGAUUUCUAUAGUCCCGAAAAGCCGAAGUUCAUGCCAGGCGAGCGUCCUUCACAAGUCAGACCAGAAGAUAAUCUUCGGCCAGAGGGAGAAUUUUAUACACCUGAUAAGCCCGGAUUCAAGCCGGCUGAACGACCAGUUCAAAAGAAACCUGUUGACAAUCUUAAGACCGAAGGGGACUUCGUGAAACCAGAGAAACAAGUUUUUAGGCCAGCAGAGAAAACGGAGAAAAUCAUACGUAAGGACAACUUGCGGACUGAGGGCGAAAUGACGUUUGUGGAGAGAGAAGAGUACCAGUAUGUGACUCGGCCUGAACAAGUAAAACCAACCGAUAACCUAAAGCCCGAAGGCGAGUUCUACAGCCCUGAGAAACCGAAAUUCCGGCCAGGAGAACGUCCCACCCAAGUGAGACAUGAAGAUAAUCUCAGGCCAGAGGGUGAAUUCUACACACCUGAUAAGCCAGGUUAUAGACCAGCCGAACGACCAGUUCAGAAGAAGCCUGAAGACAACUUGCGACCUGAAGGUGAAUUUUAUAGCCCCGAAAAGACAGGAUAUACUCCUGGCGAACGUCCUUUACAAAAAAAACCAGUGGAUAAUCUUAAACCUGAAGGUGAUUUUGUGAAACCGAUGAAGCAAACGUAUAAACCGGCUGAGAAAACUGAAAAAGUUAUUCGAAAAGACAACCUUCGUACUGAGGGGGAAAUGACUUUUACCGAAAAGAGUGAAUAUCAGUAUGUGACUCGACCUGAGCAGGUGAAGCCUGUAGACAAUCUUAAGCCUGAAGGAGAUUUUACGUGCCCCGAAAAGCCAAAAUAUCAGGCGAGCGAACGUCGUACAAUUGUUAAACACACAGAUAAUUUGAAAGUAGAAGGAGAAUUUUAUGCCCCAGAGAAACAAGUUUUCAAGUCGACGGAAAGGCCCAAGCAAAAAAAGCCUGAAGAUAACUUAAAACCUGAGGGAGAUAUUUUAAUACCACAAAAAGAUAAAUUUAGACCAGCAGAUAGGGUUACGAAAGUUAUACAUAAAGAUAAUCUUCGUACUGAAGGAGAAAUGAUUUUCAAUGAAAAAAUUGAGUUCCAACAGGUUGUUCGUCCCUCUCCAAUAAAGCCGGACGAUAAUUUGAAGCCCGAGGGAGUUAUGUAUACUCCACAGAAACCAAAAUAUCAAUCUGGCCCACGCCCCGAACAGAAGAAAUACGAAGACAACUUAAAACCUGAGGGUAAAAUGCAUAUACCACAAAAGGAACCAUUUAAGCCCGCAGAGAAGGUAAAAACAAUAGUACGAAAAGACAACUUAAAAACAGAAGGCGAAAUGACAUUUACCCAAAAAGAAGAAUAUCAUCACGUUAAAAGACCAGAUCAGGUGAAACCAACCGAUAACUUAAAGGUAGAAGGAGAAUUUUAUGUUCCAGGCAAAGGUACCUAUAAGCCAGCUGAAAGGCCAACUCAAAAGAAACCCAAGGAUAACUUAAGGCCGGAAGGAGAAUUUUACAGAAGAAAUGAAAGAAGCGAAACAGAUAGCAAAACGAUUACAGAAAAUAUAAGAAGAGAAACUCCAAAACGUCCUGUGGAUAAUUUAAAACUUGAAGGUUCUAUGACAGUAACGAGAAAAGAUGACUACAAAAAAUCAACAAUGAAUACUACUAUACACAAAACUCAACAAAAAUACAAGCAUAAUAGCUCUUCUAUUAGCCUUGGAAGUGAUACUGCAAUAUUGAAAACAACAAAUCAAAUGAGCUUUGUUUCUGGAAAAGAUGCGGUAAAGCAAGUCGAGUCGAAUAAUCAAAAUCCGGUUGACGGUUUAAUAGUAGUUUCGACAAAAAAGGUUACAACAGUCGUCGGUGGCCGAAGCAAAAAGGAACCUGAAACUGAGUAUGUAAAAAGACCAGCAAAGAUAAAUGUUAUUGAGAAUAUUGCAAAAAAUACAACGACAACAAAUAUCGAAAACACUCAGAAUAUCCACAAGGAAUCCACAUCGAUGCAAAGAAAUCUCAAUAUUGUAGAAAAUACAGCUGUGGAUAAGCAACAUAUAAAGGGAACACAGGCUUCCAACAAUUCCAUUCAUACAACGACAACAAAACAAGGAAAUACAGUGAUUAACGGCUCAACAUCUCAAGUGACAGCUGCAAAGAACUUCCAUCAUCGAAAGAGUGAGUUUUCCUCUGAGGCCGAUGUCUCAAACUCAAUAUUCCAUCGUAAAAAUAUUACAAGUGAUACAAAUGGUCUAAGCAGUAGUCUUACUUCGAAUGGGAAAAUGCAACGCAAGAGUAUUCUAAAUUUGCAUGAACAGCCCUCAAGUACCAAUUAUGCCACGGACCGUCAGAGUUACAGUAGCUUACAUCGUCAAAACCGGGAGUCGGACUUGAGCUCCAGCUUCUCUUCUGAGCGUCGUAGCUGCAACAUACACAAGGAAAACCAUGAGCAUAACCUGAAGACGUCUUCCUCUAUGACACGCGUUAUAUCUGGUGCUGGUGGCAAUGACAAUAAGUCCAAUAUCGAAAGGUCAACGGUCACACGCACGUACGUGUCAGGCGGUAUCGAUUUCCCAUCACACAGCCAUAGCGAGCGCACUAUCAGACGCACUCGUGGUGGUCAACAUAUGUCCAGUGGAUUCGAUUUCCCCUCGUACACCGACAACCAUAGUCGUACAGAGCGUGUUGUUACACGCAAUCGUAGUAAUCAGUCCUCAAUCAGUCUGGGCAACGAGAAAUCAACCGGCUCCAGUCUUUAUAAAAGCGAAUAUAUAACUGCCCCCACAACAUGUGCUGUUCAUAAAAUAAAACAAGGUGCAUUCCAACAUACCAGGAGUACUCAAGAACAUAAAUUCUUUAAAACCUCAAACUAACAGAAGACAUUACUUUACUUACACAUAUCAUUUGAAUAUUAUCAAAAUAGUGCCCUAAGUAUUCAUGACAAUAUUUUUUUAUACAAUAUACGAUUUAUAAAAGAAAAUCA